UCAUCGAGCAAAGUUCAUUUAUAAGUGACCUGUCAUCUUCCGCUGCAACAGGUGAGGGCUGAGGCUCGACUUUCCAACUUCUUUAGACGUCCUCGCACUUCUCCACAGUCCUGAAAGAGCUUUAACCAUGGCCACAAACGUCCAAGAAAACAUAUAUGAACAAAUAGAAGAGACAAAUGAAAACAUAUAUGAAAAGCCAUAUGAGAACAUAAACAACAACCCAGAGCCGAAAUAUGAGAAUCAAGGCGAGAGUAAGGAAAUUCCAGAGGAACCGCUGUACAGCACGGUCAAUCAACCGUCUCCAGACUAUAUAAAUACGAGAGGAACAUCUCAAGAGGAAGAAGAACAGCCUUCACCAUCCAGUGAACCAGGAGAGCAGCUCGAAAGCGAGAUCAUGGUGGCCUCUCUGCCAAAUGGAGAUUUUUACGGAUCUUCAUCUUUAGAGGAAACUGGAGACCCUUGUGAUGACCAGCCCUCAUUGGUCUACGAAGACCUGCUCAUGGCUUACAGUCUCCCAGAAGACAGAUCUCCAGAACCUGAGGAGGUAGUUGACUACAGCCUGAAGGACGUGGAGAACAGCGCCGUGGAAGAGCCAGCUGCAGUUCCCGACCCGAAUCAGCCUAAUAUUGCGCUUUUUGUCAAGGCUGGUUGUGAUGGCGAGAGCAUCGGAAACUGUCCAUUCUCCCAACGUCUCUUCAUGAUCCUCUGGCUCAAAGGUGUGGUCUUCAACGUCACCACUGUUGACCUGAAGAGGAAACCAGCUGAUUUGCACAAUUUGGCUCCAGGCACUCACCCUCCUUUCUUGACCUUCAACGGUGAGGUGAAAACCGACAUUAACAAGAUCGAGGAGUUUCUGGAGGAGGUUUUGGCACCACCAAAGUACCCCAAACUUGCAGCCAGGCACAGGGAGUCAAACACAGCUGGGAAUGACAUAUUUGCAAAGUUCUCAGCUUUCAUAAAAAACACUAAGCCAGAUGUGAAUGAAGCUCUGCAGAAGGGUUUGACAAAGGCACUCACAAAGCUGGACGAGUACCUGAACAGUCCUUUGCCCGAUGAGGUAGAUGCUGACAGCAUGGAGGAGGAGAAGGCCUCCAACCGCAAGUUCCUGGACGGGAAUGAUCUGACUCUGGCAGACUGCAACCUGCUGCCAAAGCUCCACAUAGUGAAGGUGGUUGCCAAGAAAUAUCGGAACUACGACAUUCCAAGUGAUUUGACAGGCGUGUGGCGUUACCUGAACAAUGCUUAUGCACAAGAAGAGUUCACCAACACCUGUGCCGCCGACAACGAGAUCGAAUUAGCAUAUAAGGAUGUGGCUAAAAGGCUAACUAAGUAAACAGAUGAACACAUUUGACACAAAUAGACUUGGGGUAGCUCAUUUCUUGGGGAAGAGAUGAUGUUUUCCAUGUAAUUCAAAGUUGUUGAUCCCGAACUACAAGUUAGUAGUUUCAUUCAUCCAGGGUCCUGAUAAUCAUAAGGACUGGUGCUCUGAUAUAAUUAUUAUGAAAUAUGAAUAUAAAAUAUCAGCUCAUAUUCACCAGUCAUCUCAUCUAAACAUUGUCCCAAGCGACUUUCUAUUGUAUCUCUAUUUAAAGAGAUUUCACAUUA